AUGGGUGUUAAUCCCGAUAAAGAGACGCAAGUUAUGUUGAAUAAUCCUGCUGGUGAACGUUCAUGGGUACCAACUGUAUUUUGCACCAGAGAGCAUAGUUUUGUAAAAGUUUAUGGUGGUAUCAACUUGCAAGCUGCAUUAAGAGACGGUCCAGUGAAUAGAGUCAAUAUACAAGUUCAGCAAUACAAUGCUCAGAAUAUGUUACAAAGUAGAGAAAAUAAUUCCGGCGGAGGAGGGCCAGACGGAAGCGGAAAUAACAAUAACAGCGGUAAUAAUAACAGAGCGUCCCAUGCACGAAAAAAAAUCAUGAAAUAG